CCUCAAGCGUGACGGAUGUUUCAGAAUCUUAGGGAAAAUGGCCGUGUGAGGAUGGGAUGUCAGUUGCGUCUUAUGCAAUUCAUGUUUACAGAUUAAUGUAGUAUUGAUUAAAGAUGUCACAGAAAUCCAAACGCAAAGCUGCCAUGAUGACAGCGGAGGUAGUCCCAGGUUCGUCGACACAAGUCGCAAAGGAAGUAGCCAAAUCUGAGCUUCUAGGUUCUCCAGAGAAAAAGCAGAAAAUAACCGAAAAGGGUGACUCAAGUUCCUCUAAUGAACAAACGGACGAGGAAAUUCACAAGUUCAUGGACGAAACUUUUGAAACCAGGCGUGCGUUUGUGACGGAGGAAAUGCCAGCAGUUAUCAUUCUGAAAGAGCACUUUCCACAGCUCUUCAAAGGGAGACAAAUGCUGGCCGAAUUUCAGAGAAUAACGGGUUUGGACAUUGAUCACCUGAUCCAGGAGUAUUGUGUGAAGUACGCUUCCACUGUCAUAGACAUAGGGAGGCAGACGCCUGGAUCGGGGAGCAUUCUAAAGCAGGCGGAGACCGCAAAGCAGCAGAACCUGGCGUUAAAACAGUACUGGGACAUGGUGACCGCAUUAUGCAUGCUGCCGCUGUUACUGAAAGAAAACCUUGUGGAAAUGGUGAGGGAAGUUGGAAAUAAUGAUGAGAUUGACCCCAAAGGAAAAAUUGUUCCGAUUCUCAUCUCUAAAGGGUCCAUAUUCAAGAGCGAUGAAUUCAUUUUGGUUGUGGAAGAAGAGGUGGUCCAAGAAUUUGAGGAGUUUACUAUUGCCCUCGGAACAUUGUUCUCUGCCUACUGGGUGUUCAAUAUGCAGUACCCGAGGACUCUGAACAAUACCUACAACUUCAUCCAGAAAGCCAUAUUACACCUUAGGGAUGGUACACCUUUCCCCCCGCUGUGUCGACAACUGGUGCAGCGGAUUCAGAAGAUGUGUACCCAAGGGAAACGGGGCAGCAGUGCUUCAUGACAGUGUAGAAAAUAAUCAUCUACUGUGAAAAGUCCCAAACUUAGCAUGUUGUUCAAAUAUAUUCUGAGUGUGAAAGUUUACAAAUGUUGUACGAAAUAAUUUAACCAAUUCACCAAAUUGGAUGAGAGUCAAUACCCAGCUUGCCCCCUAUGUGGCUGCCCUUAGUAAAAUUUAUAUUUUUGCUCCUCAUAUUAGAGUGGUUUAUUGUACAUUUAAAAAAAAAAUGGUUGGAUGGGUGCAACAUCUCAACUGCAUUCAGAUGGGACAGUAAUAGUUAAACUCAUGAAAAGGCAUGUAUCAUAAUAUAAAUACCUGCUUAACACUUUACUUGUGUAUUUCAAAAUUAGCUUUACCCAUGAACAAAUUGGUUUUUAGUAUAAAUAUGAUUAACAGUCCUUAAUAUUUAAGAAACCACAUAUUUCUACAUUUGUAUAAAAUAUCCUGUUUUUUGUACUAUGUUCAACUAUACAAUUAUUUGCAAUACUGAAAAUGGCUUAGUUUUGUGUAUUCCACAUCCCUUAUAUGAUUUUACAUUGAAAGGUGCUUGCAUUAUUUUUUAAUCAGAGUUAUCUUUCUUCCUAUACAAAACAGUGCAAUGAUUGAAGCCAAAAAAACCCAAAACCAAAAAAAAAACAUUAAAAAGGAGGUUAUAUCAUAUAAUUAGAUAACUGUCUCAGCUGUUAUUGCUGUUAGUUACUUUUAAAAAAACUUGAAUUUGAAGCAAUCUUGUCUUCCUGAGUUUCAUGAUUUGAAAUCAACAUUCUUUUUUUUUUUUUUUAGAAAGGAGGCAGAAACAUAUUUUUCAUUUUUUUUUUUUAAAUAAGUAGAAAUCUGUGCUAUAUAAUGUAAAUUUACAAUAAUGUGCCAUAUAUUGUGUAUGCUAUAAAACUGCAUGAAAAUGCAAAAUAGAAAUCAAGGAAACUAGUCAUUUAUUUCUUUGUGUUCAUAUAGUUCACCCUUCACACUUACAAAAACCAACAUGUAGCAUUUAUGUUUUACUUAUUGUCAUGAUUGAAAAUCCUGUCUGUGUAAUUGUAUGUAACUUUAUUAAAAAAUGAUAAAAUUCCUGUCACAUAUUGUUAUAAAAUGAUUAUAUGUCUGAUCAAGUAAAGUUGCUUGCAUGGGUGUUUUUUUUAACACCCCCCCCAACAAAAAAAAUAAAAUUCUGUGUUUAUCAAUUCAUAACCAUGCAGGUUUUGUAUGUACAUAUUUGUAAUAUUGUAUUGAGAUAGAAAUGGAUGAAACCAUGAUAUUUCAGUGCAUGAAUGUAAACAAA